AGUAUUUACCAUAUAAACCCUUCCUUGUAGUGGACGUAGACCUAGCUUUAUCUUCAACUCUACCUUCACGAUCUUCCUCGGCGAUCUGCAUGAAAAAUAAAGAAAGAAUAAUUGAUACGGAUGAUGUUGUUGGUGAGAAGUUUAAGGUGGGAAGGAAGAUUGGGAAGGGAGCUUUCUGUGAAGUUUAUGCAGGUGUUAAUCUUCAAAGUGGGGAAGAAGUAGCUAUUAAGCUGGAACCUGUCACAACGGAGCAUCCUCAACUGUAUCAUGAAUCAGAAAUAUAUAAACGUCUCCAAGGAGGAGUGGGAAUACCAAGCCUCAAGUGGUUUGGAGUUGAGAGGGGGCACAAUAUAAUGGUUAUUGACCUUCUUGGACCAAACCUCCAAGAAAUUCUGGACAGAUGUGGUGGAAAGUUCAGCUUGAAGACAGUUUUAAUGCUUGCAGAUCAACUAAUAGAAGCAGUGGAGUGUAUGCAUGAUAAGGGUGUUGUUCACCGUGAUAUAAAGCCCGAAAAUUUAUUAAUGGGUGUUGGCAGCAAUGUUUGUCAGGUGUACCUUACAGAUUUUGGCCUUGCAAAUGUUGUUUUAGAUCCUGAGACAGAUGAACACAUAGAAUACAGGGAAGGUGUAAGUUUUGUGGGCACUCACCGCUAUGCGAGUCUGUGGACACACUGUGGUGUUGAACAAGGUAGACGCAAUGAUAUGGAGUCUCUUGCUUAUGUUCUUGUGUGUUUCCUCAAAGGAAGCCUUCCAUGGCAGGGAUUGAGUGCAGGAAGCAACGAAGAGGAGAUAAAUGGGGAUGUAAUGAGGAAGAAGUAUGCCAUUAAACCUGAGGAGCUAUGUGAAUCAUGUCCACCUGAGUUUGCAGUAUGGAUCACAUCUUGUCAACGUACACACUUCGAAGAUAUGCCAUACUAUACGUCUAUUAAGGCUAGGUGCUAUGUCUUCGAUUAUGAAUAUGAUUGGGCCGAUUCUCCAAAAGACGACAUCAAGUUGGGAACAUCAGCUGAAAAGCCAGGAAUAAUCUUGGCUACUCAAGAUAUCCAUGAUACAGUAGAAGUGUUUUCUAGAACCAAGAUUUCCGAUGAUGUACCUUCAUCAAAAGAUGUGCAAUCCGAUCCUGAAAAUCCCUGGCAGAUAGCUGGCAGACGGCAAAGGCGAAAGCGCCACUUGUCAAGCAAUCGUGGACAUAGAGUUGCGAAGUUUGGGAAGUUAAAGAAUCAUAAUUUUGUUUAAGGUUUUUAUCAUUUUGUAGAAAUUUUCCAUGUUCUUGAUAUUGUGUAUGUUAUUACCAUAGU